AUGGCCACCCGCGGCCGCCACACCCGUGAUGAUGGGCAGAGAGAGUUCACGGGACGAGUACGGCGCUGGAACCGGGUGUGGGCGCCUUCUAAAGAACCAAAAAGCAAGGAGCUAAGGUUUCAGAGGUGGAUGCGCACAGAUGAGCGACCGCCGCAGCUGGCAGGGCCCAGACACGCAUACAUUGUGCCGUACAAGGACCCUGCGGCAAAGCCCUACCCGCUGCAUCGCAUGGUGCCGCCGCCGGGGCCGCCAGGGCUGCCUGCCAUGGCAGCGCCUGCGGCUGGUGCAGCGGGCAUCAAGCGCGGCAAGUCACAGCCGGCACUAGCAGACGCGCACCAUUCCGGGCCGCCAGCAGCCGCGGCCCCGGCGCCGCUGCAGCCGCCUGCGGCGCCGCCGCCCAAGAUCAAGCUCAAGUUUACGCUUGGGGCCAGGAUAGAUGCGGCAAAUGCUGCAGCCGGUGCCGGAGGGGCGGCGCCGAGCCCCGCAGCAGCAGCAGCAAGUAUGGGCUCGCCCCCUGCAGCGCCAGGCCAGCCGGUGACGCUGGCCACCGUGCCUGCGCGCGGCAAUCGCCUGCACAUCAGUUUUGGGCUGGGCAACGAGCUGCACGUGGCGGACAUUGAUACCAAUGGCAAGGAGCAGUCUACGGCAUCGGUGGUGCAGUGGGGACAGCUGACGGCCGGACAGCGCCGCAUCGCCUACGACUCCGUCGCCCUCUACCAGCAGCUGCACCAGCGGGCUCUGGACCCCCUCUCCCCUGAGGGAUGGAGCGCCGCGAUGCAGUACAGCAAGACAGUGAGCUCCAUCCUGGCCGCAGACGGCGUCAGGGGCGCCGAGGCCACGGCGGAUGAGCUGUCGGCGCUGCAGGAGCGCGCUCUCUGGGACCUCUUGUCCCUCUUCUUCCUGGAGUCGUCCUCCAGCGGCGGCGGCGGCGGCGGGGAGGGCAUGGUGGCGCAGGACCUGGCCCGCUGGCUGCGCGGCAACGCCACCGCGGUGGCUGGCGGCGUGGCGGCCUCGCCGCUGCCGGGCGCGGUGGCGGCGCAGCUGCGCGGCGCGUCGCUACCCGAGGGCGAGCCGCCGUACUGGCCCGCCGUGACGCGCCUGGUGGCCCUGGGCUGGAUCGACGACGCCAUCGAGCUGCUGGGCCUGCACUCCGCCUGGCUGCGCUACGACGGCAGCGGGGUGCUGGAGGCGGCGGACGGCGCGGCGCGGGCGCUGGUGGGCGCGCUGGAGGCGGCCACGCUGCUGCUGCGCCGCUUCCCCGUGCUCAGCGCGGCGGGCGUGGUGCAGGGCGCGGGGCGCGAGUGCGCCACCCCCUCCGAGUUCGCCGCCUACCGGCGCACCUGGCAGGCGCAGAGCGCGGCGCUGGCGGCCGACGGCGGCAUGUGGGUGGCGUGCGAGGGCGCGGACGCGGCGACGGCGCGCGGCCUGCGCGCCGUGCUGGGCGUGCUGGCGGGAGACGAGGAGGCGCUGGCGGCGGCCGCCGCCAGCUGGCUGGAGCUGCUGGUGUCCCAGCUGCUGCACGUCUACCCGGCGGCGCGCCCCCAGGCGGAGCUGCGCCAGUUGGCGCAGCGCGCGUUUGAGGCGGGCGGCGGCGCCUCCGCCUCCGACUUCCUGCAAGUGGCGGCGGCCCUGCUGGAGGCGUGCUGCGAGCUGGAUGCCCAGGCCGCCAUGCGCGUCUGCUCCUCCUUCUGCUCCAGCUGGUUCAUGGCGCACGCGCCAGACCUGAUGGCGGCGCACCCCGCGGGCGCGGGCGUGCUGGGGCGCGAGCUGCCUCACCUGGGCGGCAGCCAGGUGGAGUUCUACACGCUGGAGUAUGCCUCCUCGCUGAUGGCCCACGCCCCCACCUGGCCCCUGGCCGCCGCCUACCUGGCCUGGUGCCCCGCACACGGACAGGCGGCGCUGGAGGCGCUGCUGCGCCGGCUGCCGCUGGAGGCGGCGGAGCCGUGGGUGGCGCGCAAGGGCGCGGAGCUGGCGCGCUACCACGGGCUGACGCGGGUGGCGGAGGACGUGGAGCGCAUGCAGGGCGUGCUGUGCUGGCAGGCGGGCAUGCUGGGCGCGGCGCUGGCCUGGCUGGGGCGGUGCGGCGACGUGCCCCGCGUCAACGAGGCGCUCGCGCCGCUGGCUGCCGCGGUCAGCGAGGGCCGUGUGUCAGAGGAGCAAGCGGCGGCCCUGGACGCGCUGCAGCCUGUGCUUGAGACCUUGCCGCCAGGCAGCUGCAAUGCAGCGCUCCUGUCGGUGCACCGCCUGCUGAAGGGGGGUACCAGUAGCGGCAGCGGCAGCGGCGGCAUGCACGCGGCGGUGGCAGCGCUGGCGCAGCUCCCGGAGGCCAUGCGGGACAGCUGCCUGCAGCUGGUGUGCACCGCGGUGCCAGUCAUGCCGCCGGGGGAGCUGUCUGAGCGAGACGUGCUGUACCUGCUGCAGUGGCUGCUGAACGCGGAGGGGCGGCUGCCGCCGGGAAAGCAGGGCAGCAUGCUGGCAGCGGCUGUGCAGACGGCGCGGCUGGCACUGGUGCGCAGCCUGGCGGCCAGCCACAUGAAGCAGCCCCCGGAAGUCAUGCACAGCAAACGCAAUUGGAAUUGCCAGCACAGCGCGGUUCAUCACAGCAGCUACUCAGAGGGCAGCAGAGGGCUGCGACUGCGGGUGGUGCUUCGUAAAGGCGCCGAGGUGCUGCAGGCCGCCCGCCGCCUGCUGCAGCGGACAGCAGCGGCUCCCGCCGCCGGCCGCCUCGCGCUUCCCGCCAUGGCGCACAUCACGUCAGUGCGGCUGCAAGGCUUCAAAUCCGUCUCCCAGCUUGAUGUUCGCUUCGGUAGAGGGCUGAAUGUCAUCGUGGGUGCAAACGGCUGUGGCAAGUCCUCACUGUUGGACGCACUCUGCUUUGCCUUCGCGGCCGCCCCACGCAGCCUCAGUGUGGCGUCGCUGGCGGAGCUGCAGAACAGCGACAGCAAUCAGGUUUGCGAGGUUUGCGUUCAGCUGCAGACCGGGCGCGGGACGGGCCGGGAGAUGCACACGGUGCAAGCGGCGCUCACCCCUGACGGCACUCGCGCCUACAAGGUCAACGGCAGGCAGCGCAGCGGCAAGGAGGUGCGCGAGUUCCUGCGCGGCCUGGGUGUGUGCCUGGACAGCGCUGCCGCUGUCAUCAAGCAAGCGCGUGUAACGUCGCUUGCCGACAGCGCCAGCCCAGCAGACCUGGCGGCUGUGGUGGCCGAGGCCAGUGGCCUGGGGCGCUGGAACGAAGAGGUUUCUGCCGCUUCUGAGGAGCUGAAGCGCACACGCAAGGCUGUGGUGGAGGUGCAGGCCAGCCUGGCCACCAUGGAAGAGGCGGCGGCAGUAGACGGCGAGAAACUGCGGGCCGUGGAACGGCUGCAUCAGAUUGACCACGAGGCCGCUGACAUGGCUCAGCGGAUGGCAGGCAUGCUGCAGGCAGGGGUCGAGCUGUGCCGCUCGCAGGCGGCAGCUGGUCAGGCCGCGACCGAAGCAGCUUCGGCAAGGCUGGCAGAGGCGCGGGUGCAGGUGGACCGCUGGCAGGGCGAGGUCGAGGACGCCAGGCAGCAGCUGGCAGCGGCUCAGGAGCAGGCAGGCGUCACUGGUGGUGACGAGGUACUGCCGCUGCAGCAGGCAGUUGCGGCAGCCGAGGAGGAAGUGCGCCUGCUGAUGGAGCAGCAGCAACGGCGGCACCAGCUGGAGGCCCAGCUGGAGCAGGCAGCCGCGGCGGUCCAGCAGCUUGCUGCUACCCACAGUCAAGCAGCAGUGGAGCUGGCAGAAUGCCAGCAGGCACAUUGCAGGCUGGAUGCCGAACUGCAGCAGGCCGAGUCGGCAGCUACUCUAUCAGCUCUGCACGCGUCGCUGGCAGCCGAGGAGCGGCAGCUGGCUGCCGCUGUGGCAGCCAAGGAGCUGGCAGUGGCAGCUGCCAAAGCCACUGCCAUGGAGACCAGCGGCAGGCUGCAGGAGCUGCAGGUAGAGCAGCAGCGCCUUCGCAAUGCUGCUCUGGUGGCUGGAUCGGAGCCUGGCUGUGAUGACAGCAGCAGGCAAGGGCGGCCGCAGCUUCGUUUGAAGCUGGAGAUGGAGGCCGUGCAGCAGCGGGGCCGCCUGCAGCAGAUUCAGCAGCAGGAGCAGCAGCUGCAGGUGGAGGUGGGCAUGCUUGCGGCACAGCUGGGCCGGACAGCACCCAGCAGCAGCGGCGCUACCUGGCGCCCGCUGCACCAGUGCUUCUCGCUGCAGGAGCCGCAACGCUGCCAGCAGUAUGCUACAGCACUGCAGGUAUUGGCCGGCAGCAAGCUGGAUGUGGUGGUGGUGGACAGCUUGGAGGCGGCUGGGCAGCUGCUGGCGGCAGGGGGCGGGACCCGCAUCUGGCCUCUGGACAGCCUGGUGGCUACAGACCACACCCUGCAGCAGCGCCGUGCGACCCAGCACUUCCCCAGCGGCCAGGUGGUGCUGCCAGUGGACCUGCUGCACUCUGAGGCGAGCUACCGCCCCGCCGUCCUGCGCGCCUUUGGCGGCCACGUCAUUGCGGCCACUGAUGCAGUGGCUGAGCAGCUCAUCAACCGCUUCAGCAUCCCCUCCAUCACUCCAGACGGCAAGGGCGGCUGGCGGGGCCCCGGCAUUGCCGUCAGCCAGUCGCCCAUGCACCUCAAGAUCAGCCUGGCCGCGGCUGAGAGGCAGCUGGCGGCGGUGCAGCAGGAGGUGGCAUCAGCGCAGGUGGUGCUGGACGCUUGCCAGCAGCAGCAGCUUGAUGCACAGCAGCAGGAGGAUGCUGCUGAGGCAGCAAGUGCUGAGCUGGCUGCAGCAGAGCGCGAGGUGCAUGCAUGCCAGCUACAGCUUGCCAGGCAGCGUGCCGCACAUGCAGACGCUGCAGCGGUGGUUGCCAGGAUGCAGGCUGAGCUGGCAGCCAAGCGGCAGCUGCUUCAGAGUUUGGAUGCGGAGGGCGCCGGCGGUAGCAACAGCGGUGCACAGGCAGCGUUGGGCAGGGAGCAGCAGCGGCUCGCUGUGUCCGCCGUGGCGCUGGAGCGGCGGGCCCAGGCUGCUGCAGCUGAGCUGGCAGAGGCGGCUGCCAGGGUUGCUGCUGCUGAGGACGAGCUUGCGCUCUUGCAGGCCGAGCCAGCCUGGGCUGCCGUGAUGGACAGCCGCCGCGGGGAGCUUGCCAGUGCCAUGGCAGCACUGCUGGCCAAGCAGCAGGAGCACUGCGAGCAGUCUGCUGCUGUGGCAGACCGCCAGAAGGAAGGGGAGCGGACUGCCAAUCAGCUCAGCAUGGCGGAGCAGGCCCUUGAUGCGGCAGAGGUAGCAGCGGCCCGGCUGCGCGCUGCAGCCGUGUGCCUGGAGGGUGUGCAGCGUGACUUGCAGCAGGAGCUGCAGGCGCUGCUGAGGGAGGUUCCAGAGCUGGGGGCCGUCGUGCAGGCUCCGCAGAGUCGCGGCGAUCAUGGCAGCAGCGGUAGCGGCACGCAAUCGGUGGAUCAGGUGCAGCAGGCCUGCGCCAAGCUGGCGCGCCAGCGUGUCCGGCUGCUGCAGGAGCGGCAGCACAUCUCUGCCGCCAGCCUGCCACUCAGCGAGCAGCUGCGCUUCCGGGAGCAGCAGGCGCGGCUGGUGGCCUCCAGGCAGCAGGCCGCCACGCUGGAGACAGCGGCCCAGCGGCUGCAAGAGGGCAUCACCUGUGCCAACAGCCAGGUGCUGGCUAUGAACGAAGCGGUGUUCAGGGCCAUCGCCACCACUUUCCAGUCGCUGGUGGCCGCUGUGAUGCCCGCCUACCACUUGCGCUUGCGCAAGGUGGGUGCAGAAGUGCACGAGGGCGUGCGUCUCGAGUUUGCGCACAGCCCGGCCGGCGCUGCAGCGGCAGAUGAGGCUCCCAGCGACAUUGCAGAUGGUGGCAGUGGGGAGUGGCGCACUGGGCUGGAUGCGCUUUCGGGUGGACAACGCACCAUGGUUGCCCUGGCCUUUACCGUGGCGGUGGCCCGCCUGUUUUGCACGCUGAGUGGCAGCGGAAACAAUGGCAGCGGCACCUCGGUUUCGGCCUGCCGCCAAGUGCUAUGCGUCAGCCACAACGCAGCAUUCCAGCAGUUGUGCCAGCACGUGGUGAGGCUGACCCGGGGCCCGGCAGGCACGCAGCUGGCGGAGGGCAGCGUUGGGGUGGCGCCGCCGGCGGCCGGCGGGCGCAGCAAAAAGGCGCGCAACGCGUAG